AUGCAACCACAACAAUAUCAGAUGGGCGGAUACGACCGUGCCAUUACUAUGUUUUCUCCAGAUGGAAGACUUUACCAGGUAGAAUAUGCCCGUGAAGCUGUCAAACGCGGAACUACAGCCAUUGGCAUAAAAUGCAAAACAGGAGUAAUACUUCUUGUUGACAAGCGGGUAGCAUCUCGCCUGUUAGAACCCUCAUCAAUAGAGAAAAUUUUUAGAAUUGAUGAUCACAUCGGUGUUGCGUCGUCCGGUCUUGUCGGAGAUGCCCGCGCACUCGUAGAACGUGCACGGGUAGAUGCGCAGAUAAACCGUAUAUCCUACGGUGAACCGAUUGAUGUUGAAACACUGGCAAAGAAACUGUGCGACCAUAUGCAAACCUAUACCCUCUUUGGAGGAGCACGUCCCUAUGGUACUGCCCUUCUUCUUGCCGGCGUCGAUAUCGCAUCCGAUGGUGAACCGCGAUUCCGUCUCUUUGAAACCGACCCUUCGGGAACACUCCUUGAAUAUAUGGCAACCGGUAUCGGAAUCGGUCGUCAGGCCGUCAUAAAACUCUUUGAAGAGGAAUACAAAGAAAAAAUGUCGGCGGAAGACGCAGUACAACUUGGUCUAAAAGCUCUCUAUACCGCGACUGAAGGUAAAUUUGACAUUGAUACCGUGGAAAUUGGUAUUGCAGGUGAAUAUCUGAAAAAGAAAGUCAGUAAAAAGAAAACUCACCGAAGAGGAACUCAAAUCCGCCGUCGCCAAAUUUUCUGCUACUAUUAA